CUAAUUGUUGUGAUAAACUUAUUAAAUAGAUCAAUCAAAAAAUGUCUGAUGAAGAAAAUAACAUGCCUCACGGGGCGCCAGUUGACAUUGAUUGUACACAGGACGUUUGGGGCAUUGGAUCUCUUCCUGUUCUUGACAACAGUAUGGCAACCGAAACAUCGACACUUGAUCUGUCAAGUGUAACAAAACCACUGGCCUGGUUGAAGCUCAUUUCCACGGGGUCUGUGUCAAACGUGCCUCCGGAUCUUCCCAAAGUUGUGGAAAUAUUUUCAGGUACAACUACAUUUGGCCGUGGAGCUUCUGACUACCAAUUCAAACUUCCGUCGCUGUCAAGGAACCAUGCAGUUAUUGAGGACAUUGACUUUGGAGGGGAGAGGAGACUCUUAGGGGUUCGGGACCUGGGCAGCAGAAAUGGAACAUUCGUCAACAAGAAACGACUGGGGAAGAAACUGAAAGUUCUAGAAGAUGGAGAUCACGUUCGCUUUGGAGAUGUCGAAUUUCUGUUCACUAGCGAAGCGACAAAGAAAAGCGAGAAUGCAGUAGCUGCCCGGAUCAGCGAUGAAGUACAAUUGACGUUGUCAAGUCGGAAACGUAAACUUCCAUCAGCCGAUAUGACAAACAGCGUUUCAUCAGGUUCACCGAUCAGAAACGGAGAUCUACAAAUGUUACCCAGCAGUUCAAUUGUACUUCCUGCAUCGUCGGGAGCCAAAAAAGCGACUGUUCCAGACAGCAGAAGUAGACAUUCAUUGUUUUUCGUAGAUUCGCCGCGAGCUUCGCUAAAUGUUUUCGAUGAUUCAGCUGAGAAUCUGAACAAUUUGGUUUCCUUCGAGCGAAGUAGUAAACGUCUAGUAGAAGAGACGUUUUGUGACGUUGACCCUGAUAACGCGGAAGACAAUGAAGAUGACGAUCAGGAUGAUGAGAAGAUAAUUUGUUCGAGUGGUUCGGCUGAACUCAAUUUGAACAACUUCAAGUUCAAAGAUGAACAAAAUAGUAAGAGCGUAUCGGUUUCGAGUAAUUCGUCCAAAAGAAAUAGCUUAGAACUAAAAGACUGCAAUUUUGAAUCGAAAUUGGAAAACGACAGAGGAAUUAAUCUGCAUAAAAGUCUGUUUCUCCGAAAUAAUCUAAACGAGGUGAAGGAGUCGCCGUUAGUAAAAUUAAUUGAAAGAUCUUCCUACGAGUCCAUUAGCAUAGCGGAAUCUCCACCAGCAGACGACACUGUUAUUGUGAGCGAGACCAUGUCUUCGAAUGAGAAUUUAGCUCUGAUGUCUCCGUAUAGUAGAAAUGCAAUUUUCAAGCAGCCGAUUUCGAAUGCAUAUGAAAAAACAGAGUCGAGCUCGUUUGAAAAAAUAGUGAUUAAUGAAACUUGUUUUGACCAGUAUGUGACGUUAGAUAAUGAUGAAAUGUUAUCUGCUGAUUCGAACAACGCACAUGAGGAUGCUGCGAAAAAUGAAGAAAAUAUCAUUGAUUGCAUUGAGGAAGAGGCAAAAGAAAAAAUGGACACUGAAGUAAGUGAAAAUACCCCUAAGAAGGACAUACGUGAACUUGAUUUAAGUCCACAAAGUUCCCCUACAUCUCCAUCGAUGCUAAUGUUGCCGCAAAAUGACGGGAAGUUUUCAGACCAGAGCGAAGACCCUUUAGUUUUUCCUAGAGAGGAUAAAACUCUGGAUGAAAUUGAUGACGAAGGUUUUGCGCGGGAAGAAGAAAAUAGCAAAACGGGCGAAGUCGACCAUGAACGUGGUAUUUAUGAACAAGAAACGUUAGAUCCUUUAGGAGCAUCUAUAUCAGAGCUUGAACAUGUAGAAAAAAUAGCUGAAAUCGAAAACGUGAACGAAAAAACUUCUGAGGUACAUGUCGGUGAAAUGAAAGCAAAAAUUGUGGAAAAGGACGCGAAACGUGUUGAAGUCACUUUUUGCGACUCGGAAGAAGGGGCUUUCACUCGGCCGAGAUCAUCAUUGGUUGAACCUGAUUUUUCAGACGGUGAAGGUGAUGAGGAGGCUUCUAUUGUGACAUCGAGUCAACGAGAGUUGGCCCAUAGAACUAUUUUGUCCAUAAACACUCCGAUGAAACACAGAUUGAAGAACCGAGCAGCUCAACUGAAAGAAAAGAGAUCCAACAAGCAGCUUUACAAGGAUGCCACUGGUUGCGAGGAAAUACCGGCCACUUAUGAUGAUGACGCUCACGACACAGUCGAUCCAUUGGCAGCCUUAAAAUAUGACCUCAGUGCAAUAGACACGCUUUCAAAGAUCAAGGUCGCAAAGGCAGAGAAGAGCAAUGAAUUUGAGGAGAUAGCAGACAAGGCUAAAUUGACCGGGAGGGGAAAAGGAGCGGGAAAGAAGGCGGUAAAAGUUGCCAAAAAGAACAACAAAGCAGAAGAUAUUUUGCUCAGUCAAGAGCUGUCGAUGCCAUCUGCGAGCAGCACUAGAAUCGGCAUCAACCCCAAAUCAAACGCAAAUGAUGCCUCUAAUGAUGAAGAAAAACCUAACUUCACAGAGGCUGUUAAAACUGAAAAUGAGACCAAAAACAUAAAGUUGGAUAAAGACGAAAUAAAGGAUGAAUUUAAAAGCCAAUCAACUGAAAAGGAGAUCAAAAGUCAAAAAGGAACAAUGUCAUCCAGCAAAAAGAAAAACGCCAAAGUUUCAGUGCCUGAAGAACGCGCUAAAUCCACGAUUUCAUUGCGCCAAACCAAUCGAUCGUUGCGAGGCACUCGCAAAACGAAUAGAAACGCUUCUACAAUUGAAGCUAGUGAAAACAGCUCGAAUGAAAGUGAGUUGUCUAAACCAAAUUCAGAAGAUAAAAUUAACAAAACGAGCGAUACGACUAGUGUACGCGCUAGCAGAAGAAAAGCAGCUGUAAGUAGCAGAAAAACUAAAAUGUCUGUUGCUAAAAGUGAUUUGGAUGGAGAUUUAGAUAAUACUGAAGAUGAAGUUCUGAAAACGAAGGACGAGGAAACGAAACAAAAAGUUAUAGGAAAAGGUAAACAAAAAGGCAAGAUGUCUAACGUUGAAUUACAAUUACAAGAGAAAAAUGACAUUCAAGAGAAAGAAGCUGAUCUGAAUUCGGAUCAACUGGAGAAAGAAAAAGAAUCAACAAAAAGCGAUCAAUUCAACUCGGCAAAGGCCAGUAAAAACUCAAUUGAGUCGAAAAAUGUUCAUGAAAAUGAAACUAGUAAGCCGGAAAUCAAACCGAAACGGUCUCGGAAGACGAAAGGAAAACAACCGAAGGUGUCAGAAGAUGUAGAUGAAUCUGAGCUAAUAGUUCAAAAAAGUGACCAAGACGUGAAUAGCUGUGAAGAUAUUCGAACCGAAGCUCUUAACGCUGAUGAAACGUCUGGUCGAAACGAGAUUAUUGAAAAUGACUUAGAAAAUGACAUUCAGUAUGAUAAUGAGAAGGAUGAUAGCUCACGUAUCUCGAAUAUUCCUUCUCGUAGUCGGGAAAAAAUUCAACCGCGAAAGAAUCCCGGGGGACUUGUGGUGAAACAGGAACCGAAUACCAGUGAAUUAGAACAAGGGCAAGAUGAAGAUUGUGAAGUUUUGGAAAUUGGUGUGAAGACUACUAGACGUGUUGUGCGCGGAAGGGCUAGAGAUACGAAGUCUAGCAACGUUGCUGUGUCGAAAAAAGCAGUCAAAGCAGAAGCGGAGGAAGCAGAACCAAGUUUGACUUCAAGUCGGAGACUCGUGAGAAACUCUCCUAGCAAAGUCGUUUCUACACUAGAGAUAUACUCGCCCAAAUCGUCGCGCAAAGGCAAGAGGCAACUUAACUUAGCAAAUGACUCUAAUUCAAUUAGCAAAUCGAAGAAAUCCAAAGUCACCGCUGAGAGCUCCUCGAAAGGCAAACAGAGCGCAGAUGAAUUAGAGGGAGCGGUCAAUAAGCCGAGAAAAAAUGCCAAGUCGAGUAAAUCGAAAUUAGACACUGCAAAUAAGAACGAUUCCGACGAGGAAGAAAAGUUAAUGAAGUCGAAAGGAGGAAAAGAAGAUAGAAGCAAAACUAAAAUGGCAACUGCUGUUGUAGCUGGAGACACAAAGAAGAAGGAUAAGACUGGUUCGAAUAAACGGCUUCUUGAGACCAGUUCAAGUUCGUCAGUGACCAGCGAGCACAAUUGCGACUCGCCGAAGAGAUCCAGAUCAAGUGGGGGUCAGUCGUCUUCAUAUGUGAUGUUCACUGGCAUACAGGACAAGGAUCUCAACAAAUACAGCAAGCAACUGAAGAGUGCAUGUGGUGCUGGAAGUGUGCACCUGGGAGACGAUGUGAGCAAGUGUCAAAUCCUGGUCACUGACAAGAUCAGACGCACCCGCAAGUUCCUCUGCGCCCUGGCUAGAGCAGCCAGCAUUGUGGGAGUGGAUUGGGUCAAGGCAUGCGUCACUGCUCACGCCGUUGUCGAUGCUACUGGUUACAUUUUGAAAGACAGAGAAAACGAGAAAAAAUACAGUAUCGAUCUGGCUGCAUCCAUAGACGAAGCGCGUGAGCACAAAGGAGUCUUGAGGGGGGUUCGAAUCCACGUCACGCCAUCUGUACUUCCUCCGCCAGCAGAAAUGAAAGACAUUAUCGAGAGUGCCGGUGGCACGGUGUUGCCGAGAAUGCCAGCGACUGUGGACGACAACACUUUUGUGGUUACAACAGAAAAGGAUGCUUCGAAAAUGAAAAAAGAUUUGAUGUCUUGUUGUCGUUCGAAUGAGUUUGUGUUGAGUGCAAUAAUGUCUCAGAAAAUUGACAAAGAAAAUCAUAGAAUCGAUUUAUGAGCCGAAUGUUCACAUAAAACUGCUUUUUUUUUUCAAAAUCGCGGCCCAAAAAGUCAAAGAUUGUGUUCUGAAUUGCAUGAUAUAGCCUAAAUUGAAUUGCUAUUUGUUCUUCGUUAGAUUCCGUGGUUCUCAUUUAAGCUUCGUAUCUCUGAGGUUGUUUGAAUUAGUUAGUGAAGUUACUAAAUUGAUUUGAAAAUGAUUGAGGAUUAAACUUAAAUGAUAAAUUUUUGUUAGAAGUGUUUGUAUUUGAAUGUUUGUGAGUUGAGUUAUUCUUUGAAUUCAGCUAUAAUGAUAUCGA